AGAGGGAGGAAGAGGGAAGGGAGGCCUCCUCCCUUCUCGUUCCUUCGUGUGUCGCGACCCCCGGCGACUGGACACACUGCGCCUUAUCCAGUUCUACCCGGAGCCGAGGCCACCGCGAGUGUGUUACUUUCGAGACGGGUUGAGUUCGAGUCCUUCGUUGCGCGAUUCCUAACCCACCGCUUCACUCCUACACGAAAAAAUGGCGUCAGGAGUAACCGUGGCGGACGUCUGCAAGACGACGUACGAAGAAAUAAAGAAGGACAAAAAGCACCGAUACGUGAUCUUUUACAUCAAAGAUGAAAAACAGAUCGACGUGGAAGUCAUUGGACCUCGUGAUGCGGCCUACGAUGCUUUCCUCGAAGACUUGCAGAAAGGUGGAAGCGGCGAAUGUCGUUAUGGUUUAUUCGACUUUGAAUAUACCCACCAGUGUCAGGGUACUUCUGAAGCUUCCAAAAAACAGAAACUCUUCUUGAUGUCGUGGUGUCCCGACACGGCCAAAGUUAAGAAGAAGAUGUUGUACUCGAGUUCGUUCGACGCUUUGAAGAAGUCUUUAGUAGGUGUGCAAAAGUAUAUACAGGCGACAGACCUUUCGGAGGCUUCUGAAGAAGCUGUCGAAGAGAAGCUUCGAGCUACCGAUAGGAAUUAGGAAUAAUGAUUCCUAAAGU